AUGGAGGCGAUGAUGAUCACCGAAGAAGCAGGUGGCGAAGUGAAGAAGAAUUCUAGUAGUAGUGGAAAGGGUGAAGGGAGGCAUAGGGAUAAGGAUAAGGAGUCAAUUCGAAAGGAGGGCAAGGAAGGUGGUGGAGCAGAGAGGGAGAAGGAAAGGGACAGGGAAAAGGAGAGGGACAGGGAGAGAGAAAGGGAAAAGAAAGGUAAAGAUGGGAGAACCGAGCGAUUGGUCAGUAGCGAUGAACAACGUGUCACUGCAAAGCAAGUCAAUGAAAAAACUGAUUUAAAUGCAUGGGAUGAAUUGGAAAGUCCUAACUCAGAGAACCAGAUUGAGAGACGAAUGAGGAAAAGGAGAGAUGAUUUUGGUGAUGGGGAUAAGCAUCAAGAUGAUGUGGAAGACAUCAAUGACGGGCUAUUAUCUUAUAGGGAUGAUUCUGGCAGGGAUAGCAGGCAUAAAGAUGAGAAGCGGAAGGAUGAGAGAUACAGAGAAAAACAUCGGGAAGAUGUGGAUAAGGACAAUAAGCACCGAGAUGACAAGCAAAGAGAUGAGCGCCCUCCAAAAGAUUAUGCUAGCAGCAAGUCUGAUGAGAAGCAUUUAAGGGAUGAAAAGGAUUUGAUAGAAAUCCAACAGAAGAGAUCCAAGAUUCAAGAUGGUGAACGCAAAGUAGAUCAUGAUCGCGAUCGCGAUCGCAAUAGGGACCGUGACUCAUAUCAUGUCCGCGAUCGCGAUCGUGACCGCUACCAUGAUCGUGAACGCGAACAUGGGUGGGAUCAUGGUCGUGACCGUGAUUAUGAUCGUGAUUGGGAUUGGGACCGUGAGCGGGAGCGAGAUGGGGAUCGCGAGCGAGACCGCAAUCAUGACCGUGAUAGAGAUGGUGAUCGAGAUCGCGAUAGGGAUUAUGACCGGGACUAUGACGGGUCACAUAUUGAUGAUCGCAGCACGAGAUACAAAGAUAGUAGCAGGGGAAAGAAAAGAUCUCCGGAUGAUCGUGAUGAUGGUUGUGAUAAAUCCAGAGGUAUGAAAGCUCGGUACUCUGACUUGGAAAAAAAGUCAUCCAGUGGUGAUAGAGUUGAGUCAGAUGCUAAUAAGGGAAGAUCUCAGUCGCGGCAAGCUUAUGUAGACACUAAAUUGAGUGUCAAUAAACGCAGGACUUCCCUCGUUUCUAAUUCACAUGGUGGCAUAGAUGAGUACAGGUAUCUAAAUUCAGAAGAUUUGAAAUAUAGGGAUUCUGGAGUAGAGCAUAGGUCCAAAGCAAUGCCUCCCAAAGAUGGUUCUGGUCCCACUGGAGUUUCAGAAAGAGGUUCCAAGUACAGAUCCAUGGAGAAACCCAAUAAAAUGGAUGAUGGCCAUUUAGGCGAGCUGUCAAAUGACAAGUCUUCCAGUUCCAAGGCUUCACCCCUGCCCUUGAUGGAAAGGUCUCCUUCAUCAUCAAGUAUUGACCGCAGGUACGUGAACAGAACUGGUGUCAGACGGAGUCUUGACAUUGAAGAAACAGGUCGAAGAAGCAGCGCUUCCGUGGACAACAGAGAUUUCUCUAAUACUGAGGAUAGACAGGGUCGGGACCUACCAUCAGAGAAGCCUUUGGCAGAUGAGUCAUCCCCACCUGAUUCGUCAACUAAUAAUAGAAGUAAUCAGAGUAAUUUAUCUUCUUUGUAUCCCCCUCACCCCAAUUUUAGGGUUGGAGUUGACAGCCCUUUUAUUGGUUCAAUGGAAGAAGAAGGUAGAGGUAACUCCAAUGCACGUUACAGGAGGGGUAGUGAUCCCAAUUUGGUUCGAGGGCAUGGUAAUGCAUGGAGGGGUGUCCCAAGCUGGAAUUCACCAGUUCCAAAUGGCUUCAUGCAUUUCCAACAUGGGGCACCUCACGGUGGUUUUCAAGGGAUGCUACCACAGUUUCCAGCUCCACCAAUUUUUGGUGUUAGACCUUCAAUGGAUAUUAACCACUCUGGGAUGCCUUAUCAUAUGCCUGACGCUGAGAGAUUUUCCAAUCACUUGCGGCCACUUGGGUGGCAGAAUAUGAUGGAUGGUUCAGGUCCUUCUCACUUGCAUCUAUGGGAUGGGAGUAAUGGUGCCUUUAGGGAUGAGACUCACAUGUAUGGGGGUGCCGAAUGGGAUCAAAGCAGGCAUCCAAUGAAUGCUCGCGGAUGGGAAUCUGGUGGUGAGACAUGGAAAGUUCAUAACAAUGAUGUGAAAAGAGACUUGCCUUCCCCAGCACAGAAAGAUGAUUAUCUUGUGCAGGCUGCCAUGGAUGAUGCUGUGGCUGGGAAGACAGGUCAGAUGUCUCUCCAUGAGGAUAACCUGGAUCUUGGAGUUUCUAAAACCGUUGAAAGAAGGUCCACUGUGACCUCUCCUUUAAAGGAGCCUAUGCCUAAAAGUAGUCACGAGAAGUCACCUGGCCACUCUAAAUUUCAGAGUGAUGAUGUCCUCUCAUUAAGUCAUUAUUAUCUUUCCAAGCUUGACAUUUCAUCAGAACUUGCUCAUCCCGAGGUGUAUAGCCAAUGUAUGAGCAUACUGGAUGGUGAACGAAGUGCAACUGUUGAUGAAGAUGCUACUACACAUACAAUUUUGGAGGGUGUAAGAGCAGGAUUGAAAUCGUCCAGAACCUUAUUAAGUUCCUCACUUUUUCCUCCUUUGAAGGAUUUUGUCUUUCAGAAAGCGAUGAAUCUUUACAAGAAGCAGAGGAUGGAAACUAUAGGCUUGCCAAUUAUUGCUGGAGGAGCAUUGGAUAUUAUUUUAGCAUCUGAUCCGGAGAAUAUGGAAUCAAAAGGCCGUUGUGGUGUGGAGAAAGUAGAGGGAGUAGUCCGGACUUCUGAUGCAGAAAUGGAAGGUGCUCCUGUCCUGACUUCUGAUGUAGGAAUGGCAGAUGCUCCUCUUGGCACUGCAUUGGGUGAUGGUGCUGAGAACCUGGAGGUACCAGUUUCAUCUCCGGAUCACGAGGUGCAGAACGACACAUGCGUCCCUUCUCCUAUUUUGGAAAUGGCAGCUGGAGAUAAUGGUGGAAGCAAAGCAGGAGAUCCCCAAACAAUUUCAAAUGGGGUGGAAAUAGAAUCCUCGGAGCAGGUGAAAUUAGAUGUUGGCGAUGCAAAUGGUCUCUCAUCACCUGGUAUCGAGUCUCUUGCUACCAUCACUUUACCUGCUGCAGCUGCUAACGACAAUGUGAUUAGCAAGACUAAAGAUGAUAAUCCAAUUGAUCAGGCUUCUACCGAAGGCGCGGCUGAUGCAGUAACUGGUCCUUUAAUAAUACCCGAGGGUUCCCAAAAGGCUUGUGGGGCUUUGAUGCCGGGGUCUAAUGAGUCUGAUUCGGUAAUUUUAAGUCGGAUACAUCAUUCUCCUGAAAGUACACAUUGAACAGUUUCUUCUCUAUCCAUGUUUUUUUUAGGUUCCUUUUAUUGCAUUUCAGUUAAUCAUGCUCAUCUUAUUUUCUGUGGCUGCUCAUUUCAGCAAGGAAAUAAAAUCAAAAUUUCGGUU